UCAAGCCCGGAUUUUUCCUGUGGCCUGGCUGGUGACCCCCCUACAGGAAGAUAACGGGCAAGCCGGGAGGGCGGAGCCGCCGGCUGCACAUGUCUGCCUGCUCUUAUCAACUUAUCAUAUAAGGAAAGGAAAGUGAUUGAUUCGGACCCUGACACUGCAGAAUCUGGGGAAGAGAGACAAAGCAGCGCUAACGCGGGUCUGGAAGGCGAAUGCAGCCCUCACGGGGAGCAGGGCUCUUCUCCCCACUGUGAUCUGACAGUCUGCUGCGAGGCCAGAGAGGAGACGGCAGCAGAGACCAAGGCUGGGAAAGGAGGGAACAGGAGGCUUCCCUUGAUGGACCUUGAGCCUCUGCCCCCGAGCUUCGCGUCUGAGAGGGCAGCUUAGCGCUGGGACUCUCAUGCGCCUGGAAGUUUGCUGAGCGGGUGGUUUAUUACCGACAGACAGAAAGAAUGUGGCAGCUUGUUUUCUUGACUCUGAGCUGUGAUCUGGCCGUAGCCACAGCCCACAGCGGCUCUCGGAAGGGCAUGGACAUCGCCGCUGGGAAGAAACAGUAUCAGGUUCAGCACGGAGCCUGUAGCUACACGUUCCUCCUGCCGGAGACGGACCACUGCCGCUCGCCCUCCAGCGCCUACGUGCCCAACGCCGUGCAGAGGGACGCGCCCCUUGACUACGACGACUCGGUGCAGAGGCUGCAGGUGCUGGAGAACAUCAUGGAGAACAACACACAGUGGCUCAUGAAGCUUGAGAAUUACAUCCAAGACAACAUGAAGAAAGAGAUGGUGGAGAUACAACAGAAUGCAGUGCAGAACCAGACCGCUGUGAUGAUAGAAAUAGGGACCAACCUGCUCAAUCAAACCGCAGAGCAGACCCGGAAGUUAACCGAUGUUGAAGCCCAAGUAUUAAAUCAGACAACAAGACUUGAACUUCAGCUUCUAGAACACUCCCUUUCUACAAACAAAUUGGAAAAACAGAUUUUGGAUCAGACAAGUGAAAUAAGCAAACUGCAAGAUAAGAACAGUUUCCUGGAAAAGAAAGUUCUAGAUAUGGAAGACAAGCACAUAGUUCAACUUCGGUCAAUCAAAGAAGAGAAAGAUCAGCUCCAGGUGUUAGUAUCCAAGCAAAAUUCCAUCAUUGAAGAACUAGAAAAACAACUGGUGACGGCCACGGUGAAUAAUUCAGUUCUCCAAAAGCAGCAACAUGAUCUGAUGGAGACAGUUAAUAAUUUACUGACUCUGAUGUCAACAUCAAACCCCUCAUACUCCUUGCUUGCCAAGGACGAACAAAUCAUCUUCAGAGACUGCGGGGAGGCAUUCAAAUCGGGACUGACCACCAGCGGCGUCUACACAUUGACGUUCCCUAACUCCACGGAGGAGAUCAAGGCUUACUGUGACAUGGAAACGGGUGGAGGUGGGUGGACAGUUAUUCAGCGACGUGAAGACGGCAGUGUUGAUUUUCAGAGGACUUGGAAAGAAUAUAAAGUGGGAUUCGGGAACCCUUCGGGUGAACACUGGCUGGGAAAUGAGUUUGUUUCGCAGGUGACGGGUCAGAAACGCUACGUGCUGAAAAUACACCUAAGAGACUGGGAAGGGAAUGAGGCUUACUCGCUGUACGACCACUUCUAUCUCUCGAAUGAAGAGCUCAACUACAGGAUUCACCUUAAAGGCCUCACGGGGACAGCCGGCAAAAUAAGCAGCAUAAGCCAGCCAGGAAAUGAUUUUAGCACGAAGGAUGCAGACAACGACAAAUGCAUUUGCAAAUGCUCACAAAUGCUCACAGGAGGCUGGUGGUUUGAUGCCUGUGGUCCUUCCAACCUGAAUGGAAUGUACUACCCACAGAGGCAGAACACAAAUAAGUUCAACGGUAUUAAGUGGUACUACUGGAAGGGCUCGGGCUACUCACUCAAGGCCACGACCAUGAUGAUCCGUCCAGCAGAUUUCUAAACCCUGGCACCCACCUGAGGGACAAUGUCUUGCCCUGUUUCCAGAGACUUGCUCCCAAAGCACUAAAGACUGCGCACUGUCUCCGCAUCCGGCUUGGACGAACUGCCCGCUUGCGGUGCGGAAGGGGCCGUGAGCUCCCAGUGCGAGCCCCGUGAGGCUUACCCCUUGAACCCGCAUCACUCAGUGAACCGACACACAACCCCAGACAAGCCACAGCCUGGUGUGGUGACCUGGCAGAAAGCCUUUGGGAAGAUAAAUCUAAGCUCGCGAACGAGACUGACAAUUUACAGACUCUGUUGUCACAACCAAGAAUGUUACGCGCGAGUUGAUCAGUAAAUAACUGGAAAACAGAACACUUAUGCUGUGUAGUAGAGAUAACCUUGGAACUGCAUUUUUCCAAGCACUGUUUAUAGACUGUGUAAAUAUCUAUAUGUCCUGAAUUCAGCAUCGCUAUCAUAAUUAAAAGGAAGAAAAAAUUCUGCAAGUCAUAAAAAUACAUUAUAUAUUCAGGGACUUUUGUGAGAAGUGGUUAUUAGUAGUUUUAAUAUUUGGAGAAGGAAAAACAUAGCUAAUGCAUUUUUCUGCCUCCUCUUAGGAGCUUUAAAUUUUCAUUUUGAGAACAGCAAAUUUACGUGUGUAUUGACAGCUUAGUUUUAAGUUAAUGCUCAAAUAUAUGCAUUUCAAAGUUUCCAUGGUGAAAACUUUCAGGAUCUCUGAAAUUAUUGAUAGAAACGUGUUCUUUUGGUAUAUAUGAAGAUUGUACUAUUUUUUCCUGCCUUGCUGUUAAAUAUGAAGGUAUUUUUAGUAAUUAAAUAUAACUUAUUAGGUGAGAGGACCACAUUUAACUUCUAUGAUAAUAUUUACAGCAUUGUAAUUUGAUUCUGAAACAAAUGAUUGUGCUUCAUGACAAGGAAAAUCUUGAUUUUUAAUGAAGAAAAUUAUACAUUUAAUUUCAUGACAAACAGGCUUUCCUAUCUUUUACUUACUAUUCUAAAACAGAAGUCUUGUUUCUCUUCUACCAAGAUGUAUUUUAGGGAAGUAGGCUACAAUGCAGUUUGUGGUUGAGAAACCUUCCCAUUUGAAACAGUUACAAAGCUAUGCUUCUCAAGCUAGAUUCAUCCCACAAGUUAGUCAGGGGAAAACCAUAAUUUGCAUCAGUAACAAUAACUUAAAUCCUACUAAACUUAAACCAGGAGUCAACUUAAAAAAAAGUGUUCUGGAGUGCAAAACCAAAAUCUGCUAUUUAUAUAAUCAGAUCAGAUCAGUCGCUCAGUCGUGUCCGACUCUUUGCGACCCCAUGAAUCGCAGCACGCCAGGCCUCCCUGUCCAUCACCAACUCCUGGAGUUCACCCAGACUCACGUCCAUCGAGCCAUUUAUAUAACAGUAUACGCAAAUAUUUACAGAACAUUUCGAGAGCACAGAUUUAAGCUCAGGACUGUGAAAACUCCUAGAAUUUUAACUCUGUUGAAGUUCCAGGAUACAAUUAACACUAAUGACAUUUGUGUAAUGCACCAUAAUUUGGAAGCCAUUUCUCAUAGAUUCACAGUUGAGUCAGAUGUUAGGAAACUUAGAGCCAAGUCUGCAGCCAGCGUUUACCUGUGUCUGUCUCACCUUACACUAUUCUACCACUACAUUUUUUCUUAUCUGAUUUAUGUCAUCCCCAUAUCUCCCCUUUCUGAACUUAGUUUCCUAACACCCAGGUGUUGCUGAGCAGACUCUGGACACAUUUCUCACCAUGCUGUACCUUCCCAACGAAUACAUUAACCAGCAAGUAACCUCCUGUCUCAGAACAGCUACUCUCAGUACGUGUAAGAAAGCACUGCAGAUUUAACAGAGGGUGACUGUAUACACGGCUUUGUACCGAGCUAAAAAACAUCUGAUAAUAAGAAAAUAUCCCUGCUCCAGAAGAAACCAUAUGUUUUCAUGACAUCUCAAUGACCAGAUGACAGAUGCCGAGGUGGGGAUAUGAAAAUACAGGAAGAACUGGCAACAACACACUUCAUUUACAGCACUUGUCCAUGUAGGCAGAUAAGGUGAGUUUCAAAGGUAAACAUCACUGUUACUCAGGGUUACACAUACUCUCUCAUGGCACAGAAUGGGGGGAAUUUGCAUCUUUACUUCACACUUCAACUCCUUACCUGGUAUUUCAAACAACACGUCUUGCUGAGAGGAAUUUUUCUUCUUCUUAAGAAAACAUUUAUAAAGUCAAGACCAAAUCAAAACAGCAGUCUCAAAAAUGGAAACAGAAACAACAACUAAAUAAGCCUAGGAAGGCAGAGUUCAAUUUCUUACUAUGUGACAGUCCUAUGGCAUUCUCAAAGCUGAAAAACCCAGAGACAGGUCGCAGAUUACAGAUCAUCAAUUAUCUUUCCGGCAUAAUCUUUUGAAAGGAUAAUCUGUUACAAACCAGUUAACAUUUGAAAACAAAAGCCAACUUCUGCACAAUCUGACCUCCAAACAAACCUGAAAUUACCUACUUAUUAAUCUUUAAAAACACUGGAACCUGGAACUUUCCCACUAAGAAUUCGAAAUACCAGAAAGUCAGUAAAGCCGAAGUAAAGUUUUAGAAAAAACACCAAAACAGAAAGACCACAUCAUAAUGUUAGUACGCGGCCACUUUUAUGCCCAUCAGUUCUAUCUGUUAACAGUAACAGCAUUAUUAUUUGAAGUAGUAAGCCAGACAGAAUAGCACUUUCUCAAGAAUCUUGCCUUCUUUCAUUACUGUGUUUCUCAAUCCUAAGGACUUUCAUAAUUAAAUUUUUGGGGAUUAUAUUUCUCAUGACUUUUUGAGGAAUGGUCUCACAUUUAUUCCCACAAAUAGACAAAAUGUGUUAACUUCUGCAGAUGUGUCAUUUUAGUUAUAAGCAUAAUUGCUAUUGAUUUAAUUUUAAAAAACUUGAGUAUGUAUCUAUGCCAAUAAUAAUUUCCUGAAAAUACCAAAUUGCACUUAUCAUCAUAAAAUAAUGUAUGACUUACAGGAGCUGCAGGGAAGUAGUUAGACAGUUCAAAUGGUUCCUCAGAAAUCCAGUGACCCAUUUCCAAAGACCACAGUACCUGUAAGUGACAGAAGAAGCAGAGCACUUUUAAUAAAUCUAUCAGGCUUUUAGUGGACAAUAAACCAAUCCCAGGGACGGGGGAGCCUGGUGGGCUGUCGUCUCUGGGGUCGCACAGAGUCGGACACGACUGAAGCGACUUAGCAGCAGCAGACCACUUUAAAGAUACAGCAAAACAAAAACAAAACAAAAAAUCCCCAGCAGUAACUACACACUCCAUGGAGCAUCCUGAACACUGAAAGGCUAUCAGAAUCUUCAGGUUGUGUAAAUGUUACAAAUAUUAAUGAAUGCUUGGUUAAGGAAAAACAUCUCUGGAUGGCUAGAAGCCUGGGUUAUUAUUAUAUCUGAGUGAGGCCAAAUACUGAACACCACUCUACUUCUAAACAUAUGAAACACUACAUCUUCCUAAAUUCCAGUUUCUGAUUUAACAGUUGUUACAGACCAUCUUAAGCAAAUAACACAGAAUCUUAUUAAUUAAAAAACUCCAUAUAUUUGGAGAAGAUAGAUCAUAAACCUAAUUUCAAAGAGCACAACUUCUGGGGUGUAACUUUAUUUUUAUCAUUUGCUAAUAUCUUUAGGAGAAGUUUUCUAUAACACGUUGGGAAAUCCUUCUCACCCUUCAGAAGAGUAUAAUGUCUCAUAUCAUGAACAAGCUUUCAUCAUCAUCAUCAGAACAUUUUAGAAUAAUCAAAACAAUGCUUUUGCUUUUACUUCAACAACAUUUGAGAUUCUGCACUCAUCUCUAUGAUGAAACUCCCUGAAUAUCUGUGUGAAUUAAACUGUGUGAAUUAAAGUACAACUAAAAUAAACAAACUGAAUUAAGUAACUCA